AUGAGUGGCGAUCACACGGCCUUCUUCUACGGCACCUUGAUGGAGCCCUCGGUCUUCUUCACGGUGACACAGGGCAACGGCAAGCCUGUCCAGGUCAUCAAGGACUUGUACACCUUCACCCCGGCCGUCCUGAACGACCACACCCGCCAUCGCGUCAACUACGCCGACUACCCCGGCAUGAUCCCCGAGAAGGGCGGUUCGGUGCUCGGCGUCUACGCGACGGGACUCACGGACGCCAACGUGUCGAAGCUCGACUUCUUUGAGGGACCGGAGUACAGCAAGAAGGUCGUCACCGUCAAGGUCCGCGGCGAGGACGGCAAGGAGGAGGACAAGCAGGCCACGGCGUACAUCUACAAGUUCCCGGACAACCUGGAGCGGGUCGAGUGGUCCUUUGAGGAGUUCCGCCGGGACAAGUUGCAUGCUUGGACGCGCGAGGACUACGUCUUUGAGGAUGUUUUCGAAUUCGAAGGCUGCGACGACUAUGCAGAGUUUGAGAAAAUAGAACACGAAGCUGCACAGGGCCAAGACGAGCAGGAGAAGGCGGCCAAGCAAGCCGCUGCUUAG